GCAGUGAGGAUGCAGGUUGGGAAAACUCUGAGCGCGCCGCCGGUAUGGGCGGGCUAGUUUGGAUGCUGCUGCGCCUCGAGGGGUGGUGGUUUGGGGGGUUGAGGGGAUGGGAUGGGAUGGCAGCCUGAGGUGUACGGAGAAGGAUUGUAGCAGUGGUGGAAGAUGUAUUUAUCUGACCAGCUUUCCCCGGGUUUGAGGUCUUGAAUAUAGCUAUUGUGCAAGACUUGAUUGUGCGAAAUCAGAACAUCAGUAAGAUAAUCUUUGAGUUUGCGGAGAAUUGAUAUUCACGAUGGCUUCACAUGGAAACGGACGGCAGCAGAGUGGCAGCAGCACUGCAAGACUUUUGCCAAACCAGUACCUGUCAACCACGUACACGCCUGAAUACAGGAGCAGUAGUGGCAGCAGCAGCAGAAGCACAUCUCAGCCACCGUCGUCAACAAGAAGCACAUCCUCACGAACCGUUCCUCGAGAAAAGUCGCCAUACAACGACAGGCGAGGAAGCAACACAUCAACAUCCUCACCGACACAGACGCAAACGGAGACGGUAUCUCGCCUGGAGCCGCCGAUCGCCCAGUUCGCCAUCAAUGUGCUCUUGCAGCUCGCCGCCUUCGCAGCUGCUAUCGCAUUCGGUGUCUUCGCUGUCAAGUCUGUACAGGUGGGCAACCGGGCGAACGCGUAUGCGAAUGCUGCCGCAGGCCUGGCAGACAAGGCCAUGGCGCAGGCGGAGAUGGCGAACCAGUUGACGCUGCUGGCACUCUGCACAUCGGAGAACAGUAUUGUAAGUACAAAUUCAUAUUGAUAUUGGUAUCUGCUUUCGCUUUAUGCUUCUCUCUGGUCAAGAUAUGGGUAUUGCUGUUUUGCGUUAGUGGCAUUGGAGAUUUAUGAUUUUUCUUCCUUCCUUCCCUGCGAUUGGGUCUCUGUUUAAAGAAUAUGGCUGAUGAUCGUCGCGUUAUCCUGAUCGUAGUCGGCGAACAUAACUCAGAUAUGCGCUACU